AUGGGCUACUCGAUUUGCUCCUACUUCUGGUCUGGUUCGGAGACGCUUUCGUCGAUCGAUCUCACGUCCUACCUUGGCAUCACAGGGGCUGCCCUGGCUCAGGCAACGUUGCCUGAGCCAGGGCAUUGGGUCACAAAAGCCCGACCUAACCCUGUCGUAACUCCAACGGCUACUGCGACACCAUUGCAGGUGAUUGAGUACAUGGAAUCUUCGGAGAAGAAACUAAAACAAAAGGGCCUGAAAUUCUGGCGACGGGGAUAG